AAAAAAAUCGGCCUGAGCGAAAGUUUCAUAUAAGACUUGAAAACACCAGUUCAACACAACGUGGAAGUCAAGACUUUAUGACAAGACAUUGAAACAAAUCAGUGGCUCGUGAGACCCUCCAGGUCACAGCUGAUAUUUUCACAUAUGGGCAAUAGGAUCUUUACAGACACGCGCUUUAGAAUAUUCCUAUUCUCUUUAGAAUAAGUUUUCUGUCGGAGAAAACUUUGGGAAGGUGACUUGAGUCGAUCGAUCAGAACUCUUGAUCACCUACCAGAAUAAUCAAAGUUUCGUUCAUAAUCUAUUUUAGUCUUGUAAAACACCAGCCUGCUGCAAAAUAUUUUUUUAAGUGGCUUGUUUUUUGUUUUGUUUUUUUGUUUUUAAGUUAGCUACAACAAGAUAGGAGAAAUAUUUAGAGGACGCGUUUGCAGAUAAGUCAGAUAUCAAAUGAUUAUGAUUGUACCUAUUACCUAUUUUUAAAUAUAUCACGUCUAAGCGCCACACACACACACACACACACACACACACACACACACACACACACACACACACAUCAUCGUGAUGUUCUGGAAAAGAUAACACGGGAAUAAAGUUAUCGCCAUUUAGUGGAAAACAGGCUUCGUUUUAAUGAGCAACUUUGAAAAAGACAAACAAACCACCCAGAGGAAUGGUGUAUAUCUGACGCAUCAUUUAUCAUUUCAGAUUAACGAAAAACAUUAUGGUCCAGUUUGACAAAUGGUAAGACGAGUUGGUAUUGAGAGGAAAAAGUUGCUUAAAGGAUCAAUGUUCAAAAUGUUUCGAUUUACAGAUAGUUUAAAAGAUUUUAAUGAUUUAGAAAUAAAUAUUUAUCAGGCAAGAAUAUAGACCAAUGCACGACCAACAACCCUGCCCAAAAUGUUCUUAUGCCUAGAACUCACAAAUAAAAACAUUUAACUCUCAAAUAAAAACAUUUAACUCACAAAUAAAAAAAAAAAUAGAUUGAAAACCCGCAUGGGUUAAAAAAAAAAAAAAAAAAAAAAAAGCACAGCAAAAAUUCUUAUUGAUCCUUCAUCCUAUAAGUCUACCGUAUAAGAAAGCAAAGCCAUUCUCUGAAAUCUCUGGUUGGCAUCACUCAACUCCACGGGACCUCAGAUAACCUUUCUAGAGGAAAUAAAAAUAGCACAUAAUUUGGUUGGUCGACUUUUUGUAAAGUUUUCAAGCUUCAUUGAACUCGGAAUUGGAGAGAGAGAGAGAGAGAGAGAGAGAGAGAGAGAGAGAGAGGAGAGAGAGAGAGAGAGAGAGAGAGAGAGAUGAUAACAGCUGGAUCUUGAUCACAGGGUAUAGUCUCUCACUCCUCCUCCUGUCUCAUGUCUCCUCUCUCACUUUAUUCUUAACUUUGUGUUGAACGCUGCGAGUGCUGUGCUCGACUGAACAGCAGAUCUGAUUUUAAUAAGGACGAGGGGGUUCAGCUGAUUGCUUAAGACCACAUAGUUUUUGCAUUAACACUCAGUAAUUUUGUGCGUAACUGCAUCCACACUAUCAUUAUCCCUUCUAUCAACACGGAUGUCCAGCUUCAAGGAGAGGAUAUGUACCAGGGCAUAAUGACAACCAACCAUGGACCCCCUUCCUAUGAGGCCGGAUUUCUCCACAACGCCUCGGCGGGCACCUCUCCGGUUUAUGUGCCCACCACCCGGGUCGUCACCCCCAUGAUCCCGGCGCUGCCUUACCUCCAAACGCCCGAUGCGUCGCAGCAAAGCAGCCCCGUGUCGAGCCACUCUGCCUGGGCGCAGCCGGGGGCAGACUCGGUGCCCUCGUACAACCACUCCCCGGUGUCUCCGCGUUUCACCUUCUCCACCAGCCCGCCUCUGUCCUCUGUGGUGGCCACGGCCCGGGAGACGGCAGCCUCAUACAGCAGCCCGCUAAACAUCUCUGCAAACGGGAGGGAGCACUACGGCGCUCGGGGCUUCAGCGGGUCGUACCACAGCCCCUACCCGGCCUACAUGAGCCCGAACAUGGGUGGAACGUGGCCGGCGUCCCCCUUCGAUAGCUCGGUCCUCCACGGUCUCCAGACUGGUGCUCCUCCUGGCACAACACGGCACCCAAACAUAGAUUUGUUUGAUGACUUUGCUGAGGGGCGGGAGUGUGUGAACUGCGGGGCGAUGUCGACCCCCCUCUGGAGGCGGGAUGGUACCGGCCACUACCUGUGUAACGCCUGUGGGCUGUACCACAAGAUGAACGGCAUCAACAGACCUCUCAUCAAACCCCAAAGACGACUGUCUGCCUCGAGGAGGGUGGGCCUGUCCUGCACCAACUGUCACACCACCACCACCACCCUGUGGCGACGGAACGCGGAGGGGGAGCCGGUCUGCAACGCCUGUGGCCUCUACAUGAAACUCCAUGGGGUACCCCGACCCCUGGCCAUGAAGAAAGAGGGGAUCCAGACCCGCAAACGCAAACCCAAGAACCUCAACAAGUCCCAAACUGGGACUCCAGGCAGUGAGGGGACUCCAGGCACACCAGGCAGCACUCCCCGCGCCACCACCACCACCACAGAGGAGCCUCGUCGGAUAAAGACGGAGCCGGAGACCCACAGCUUGUACACACACCACAGCACACACACACAGAUUUCAGCCCUGCCAGCCUACAUGGCAGCACAAGGAGGGGCCAUUCCUCUCAAGAUGUCGCCUGGAGGCCACGGCGGGUCUUCUGGCUCCAAAACUGAGCCCUGGAAUAACCUAAUCCUGGCUUAGAUGAUCUACAACCCAGCAUCUCAAACCAGCUCAUCUACAGCGAAUCAGCUCUCCUGACAGACUAGAGUCUCGGGGAAAGCGGACUUUGUGCUCUGGGUGCAGAUGGUCCCACGCGGCCUCCAGCUCACCGUACAAACAGCGCCUUCAGUACAAAGAUCUGGGAAGGAAAUAUGGCAGCCAGUACAGAAGUGGAGUGCGUAAACAUUACUGCACAGUUACUGUGUGUGCAAUCACUGCAAUCAAGGACCGGAUGGAGUUUGUGUCAGACAAUCGUGGAAGAGCAGCUCUUUGAUUAGAUCCACACAACAUCUUUUGAUGUGAGAAAUUGCAACUGUGACAGAAGAUUAGCUCUUUUUGACACUCUCUCAUAUUGUGCCACGCAAGUACUCGACUAAAACUGUAACAUAAGCCCGUGACAAACGACAGUAAUCUCCCUGGGUUUUAUUAUUUCAAUAUAUUUGCCUUUUCUUCAUUUUUGCAUAUUAUUAUGGACAAUUCUUAUGCACAAUUUGCCAAAGAAAUGAUAGAUAUACAAAACAUGUAAAGAAUCACAGCAGGACAUUUUUAUGUCAAAGGUAGCACCAUGGAGAUGCUGUAGUGGCUGUACUUAAAGGGUCAAUUCAUAUAAAUACUUAUUACACUAACACUUACCCCAGUGGUACAUUUGCAAAUGAUGUUUGAAAAACUCGGUAGCAAUGUCUCAGGAUAGGACGAAAUAUGUCCUAUAUGACCUCAGUGUGGUCAGUGUUCAGUAUUUUGUUUGUGACUUUCUUUGAUUCAUUCAAAGAAACUGUUUUCUGGUAAGGCAUGUUGCUAUUGAGUUCAUCAAAUGUGGUCUUUUAAUGAUUUGAGCGCCUCAGUUGUAAUGGGGUGGCAGCAGAAGUCUUAGCAGCUUUUAUCUCCACACCAAGAAAACACAUCGCUGAUUGUUAUUUAAGAUUUUUUUUUUUUUUUUUUUUAAAUCUGUGAUUUGGUUGAACUGAUCCUUUAAAUACGCAUCACAGUGAAGUAAAAUUGAAAUUUCACAGUGCUUCUAACUAGUUCUACAAAGACAAACAAAUGAUAAUUAUUUCUUGUAAACUUACUGUAACAUAGAGAGAACUGCUCUUGACAUCCAUCACUCCUCAACACCAGUGAUAUGACCUUCAGUAGAAAUGAUCAUUAUCAUCUAAUUAAUAUCUAUUAUAUGAAGGUUGUUUGAUAAACUCUGUGAAGGAGUUCUGUAUCAAAACUGUACAGGAUGUUUGUUUGGGACGAGCAUGUAGGCAACAUGUGUAAAUGUGGGAUACUGCCACAUGUAAUUACCAGAAAUAACAACUAUAUGAGCAUAUAUGUAAAAAAAACAAAAAAAAACAAAACAAAAAAAAAACUCCACUCCAAUAUAAUUGUGUAAUACACCAUUUGUGAUAUAUUGUAAGUAAAGACACAGUGACAGAUGGACAUGUGUCUGUGUAUUUCUCACUACCUGAUGGCCGUCCUCUGUGUGCGACUCUAGCUCCACUGAGGAACCUAAUAAAGAUAAAAGCGUCUUGACACAG